GUUGCACGUGACUGCAUGAAAGUCUGCCGGCGGAGGGAGAAAACCUUAAAAGUGCUGCUGCAACUGCUGCCACUACUUUGCAAACGCAGAGCGCCUUUUCCAGAAACUUUGGCACAGAAGCGGGAGAAGACCAUGCAGAAGAUUUGGAUCCGAGGAGGGCGAGUUGUGAACGCGGACUGUUCACAAGUUGCGGAUGUGUACGUGGAGGAUGGGAAAAUCCAGGCGGUGGGGUCGCAUUUCCAGCCGCCUUCCCUAGCAGGGGUCCAGGUGAUAGAUGCCUCCAACAAACUGGUUCUGCCCGGCGGGAUUGAUCCUCACACGCACCUGCAGUUCCCUUUCAUGGGCACGCAGUCGAAAGAUGACUUCUAUCAAGGGACAAAGGCUGCUGUAGCAGGAGGCACGACAAUGAUCAUUGACUUUGCGAUACCUCAGAAAGGCUGUUCUCUCAUUGAAGCCUAUGAGAGAUGGAGAAGCUGGGCAGAUCCCAAAGUCUGCUGCGAUUAUGCACUUCAUGUGGCCGUCACGUGGUGGAGCAACAAGGUUAAAGAAGAGAUGAAAAUCCUAGCCCAGGAAAAGGGUGUGAACUCCUUUAAGAUGUUUAUGGCAUACAAAGGUGUCUAUAUGGUUGGAGAUCUAGAGUUACACUCUGCCUUUUCUCAAUGCAAACAAAUCGGUGCGAUUGCUCAAGUCCAUGCAGAAAAUGGGGAUCUGAUUGCAGAGGGUGCAAAGAAGAUGUUAUCCCUGGGAAUAACUGGUCCAGAAGGGCACCAACUGUGUCGCCCGGAAGAAGUGGAAGCUGAAGCCACGCUGAGAGCAAUCACCAUAGCAAACUCGGUGAACUGCCCUCUCUACGUAGUUCAUGUGAUGAGCAAGUCUGCAGCCACGGUGAUCGCAGAUGCACGAAGGCAAGGGAAAGUUGUUUAUGGGGAACCUAUAGCUGCUGGCCUUGGAACAGAUGGCACUCACUACUGGCAUAAGGAAUGGUCCCAUGCUGCAGCACAUGUCAUGGGCCCACCCCUGAGGCCGGAUCCUUCUACUCCAGACUUCCUGAUGAAUCUUUUGGCAAAUGGUGACUUAACUGUGACAGCGACAGAUAACUGUACCUUCGACAUCUGCCAGAAGGCUUUGGGGAAGGAUGAUUUUACCAAGAUCCCCAAUGGGGUGAAUGGCGUGGAGGACAGGAUGUCGGUUGUGUGGGAAAAAGGAGUGCAUAGUGGCAAAAUGGAUGAAAACAGAUUUGUGGCCGUCACCAGCACGAAUACAGCUAAAAUCUUUAACCUGUACCCAAGGAAAGGGAGAAUAGCUGUGGGCUCUGAUGCUGACAUUGUCAUUUGGGACCCCAAAGCUACAAGGACGAUCUCAGCAAAGACUCACCACCAAGCCAUUGACUUCAACAUAUUUGAAGGCAUGGUCUGCCAUGGGGUAGCAGUGGCAACCAUUUCACGAGGCAAAGUGGUUUACCAAAAUGGUGUGUUCCACGUUGCAGCAGGAGAUGGGAGAUACAUUCCCCGUGAGCCAUUCCCUGAAUAUGUCUACAAAAGGAUCAGGCAACGGGAUCAGGUUUGCCAGCCUGUUCCUGUCAAGCGAGCACCAUAUGUGGGCAAAGUGAUUGCUGUUGAGGGAAAAUAAUUCCCACAAUACAGUUCAUCUUUGACAUGUCAAAAAACCAGAUGAAAAUGAUUCUGUUCGUCCUGCUUCUGCAACCUACUCUAGGGCCCUAUUAGUUUGCAAUUUUGAUUUCUGUAUGAUGCAUCAGCAUUGGAAAACAGCUGAGAUUAUCUCAAUUCAUAAAUGACUAUUUUCCUCUGCAA